AUGAUUCACACUGGUGAAAAGCCGUUUUCAUGUGUGACAUGUGGAAAAAGUUUUAGUCAAAAACAGGAUUUAACUCGGCACAUGAUGAUUCAUACUGGUGAAAAGCCAUUUUCAUGUGUGAAUUGUGGAAAAGGUUUUAGUCGAAAACAGCAUUUAACUCUGCACAUGAUGAUUCACACUGGUGAAAAGCCGUUUUCAUGUGUGAAAUGUGGAAAAAGUUUUUGUCAAAAACUUAGUUUAACUCAGCACAUGAUGAUUCACACAGGUGAAAAGCCGUUUUCAUGUGUGAACUGUGGAAAAAGUUUUAGUCGAAAACUUAGUUUAACUGAGCACAUGAUGAUUCACACUGGUGAAAAGCCGUUUUCAUGUGUGACAUGUGGAAAACGUUUUUGUCAAAAACAGGUUUUAACUCAGCACAUGAUGACUCACACUGGUGAAAAGCCGUUUUCAUGUGUGAAAUGUGGAAAAAGUUUUUGUCAAAAACUUAGUUUAACUCAGCACAUGAUGAUUCACACAGGUGAAAAGCCGUUUUCAUGUGUGAACUGUGGAAAAAGUUUUAGUCGAAAACUUAGUUUAACUGAGCACAUGAUGAUUCACACAGGUGAAAAGCCGUUUUCAUGUGUGACCUGUGGAAAAAGUUUUUGUCAAAAACAGGUUUUAACUCAGCACAUUAUGACUCACACUGGUGAAAAGCCGUUUUCAUGUGUGAAUUGUGGAAAAAGUUUUAGUCAAAAACAGCAUUUAACUCAGCACAUGAUGACUCACACAGGUGAAAAGCCAUUUUCAUGUGUGAAUUGUGGAAAAGGUUUUAGUCACAAACAUCAUUUAACUCGGCACAUGAUGACUCACACUGGUGAAAAGCCAUUUUCAUGUGUGAAUUGUGGAAAAGGUUUUAGUCGAAAACAGCAUUUAACUCUGCACAUGAUGAUUCACACUGGUGAAAAGCCGUUUUCAUGUGUGACAUGUGGAAAAAGUUUUAGUCAAAAACAGGAUUUAACUCGGCACAUGAUGAUUCACACUGGUGAAAAGCCAUUUUCAUGUGUGAAUUGUGGAAAAGGUUUUAGUCGAAAACAGCAUUUAACUCUGCACAUGAUGAUUCACACAGGUGAAAAGCCGUUUUCAUGUGUGAAUUGUGGAAAAAGUUUUAGUCAAAAACAGCAUUUAACUCUGCACAUGAUGAUUCACACAGGUGAAAAGCCGUUUUCAUGUGUGAAUUGUGGAAAAAGUUUUAGUCAAAAACAGGUUUUAACUCAGCACAUGAUGAUUCACACUGAUGAAAAGCCGUUUUCAUGUGUGACCUGUGGAGAAAGUUUUCGUCACAAGGUGAGUUUAAUUCACCACUUGAGGCGUCACACAGGUGAAAAGCAGUAGAAGUAUUUUCCAUACAUGUCCUAUGUUGAGGUUCACUAUAGAACUGAUUUGGUUUAAAACUAGAAUGAAAGACUGGAGGGGUUUCAUGUCUAUAAAGCUGAAAAUUGUUGUAUUUGUUAAA